AUGGCGACCACAGCUCAAGGAAGGCCACAAGUUAACGGUGUUGCGAGGAGGCAAUCCGCACCAAGAGCUCCGAUCAAGAAGCCCUAUCAGCCAGCGGCAACACAAGGCAAGAAGGCGAUGCCAAACGGAGCAGCGAGAGCACCUCCCAGAACAGCACCACCACAGAAAUCGGCAUCGAUCGCUGGCGAGAGUCCACACAACGGAGUGACAUCCGCAUACGCCAUCAUGGCUUCCAGAAUCGCGAACCGAGUCGCAGAGAUGGCUGAAAGCAUCACAUUCGUGGAACGGCCCAAGCCUCAGGAGCCUGAGCUGACCGCUCAGCCAGAAGAGCGGAAGCGACCGCGAAAGCUCGACAUCAGGCUGAACAAUGGCUCGUCGGACCACGUGGCGUUCUCGGCGCCGUUCCUCGAUAACACGUUGCAGAAGAUGUUGCAGCUGCAGAACAGGAUGCUCAAGACCACUGCUGAUCUGGCGAAGGCGGAGAAUGUCGACGAGAAAGUGAUCAAAGAGCAAGCAGCUCAGGCCGCGGAGCUGAGCCGUAUCAUUGCGUUGAUAUGUGCGGAGAAGGCCAGGCAAGGAGCAUAG